AUGGAUGAGUAUCUGGACAAUACCAUGGAAGCAGAAGAAACCUACAUUUGUAAAGGGUGUGGUGAGAUUUUAGAGGAGGGAAAGGCAUUUGAGCUGGCUGGGAACCGAUGGCAUCUUGACUGCUUUCGUUGUAACAGCUGCCGGACCCUGCUCGACUCUGACGCGAACCUGCUCCUCCUUGGCGAUGGCUCCCUCAUUUGCAAUAACUGCACGUACAGCUGCAGCGCUUGCGGCAACAAAAUUGAAGACCUCGCGAUCCUUACGGGAGAUCAGGCCUAUUGCGAGCCAUGCUUUCGUUGUCGGAACUGCAAGAGGAAGAUCGAGAACCUGCGCUAUGCAAGAACGUCGCACGGUAACCUUUGCAUGAGCUGUCAUGAGUCGCUCAUGGCCCGGCGGCAGAAGAAGUUGAAGGCUGCCCAGGCGAAGCGAGAAAAAGAGGCGUCGCCUCUCCUUACCGACAAAUCGCUGCCAGCCCUGCCCCCAAAUGCUGUUCCGCCGAGCGGGUAUGCGAAAGAUCAUCUCCUGUCCGAUUCUGACAGGCCGACGGAGCUGUCGCCUCCUCCCCGUGCCGCAUAUGGACGGACGGACGCCACACCCCGGAGUGGCUCAAGACCGGAUCGCUCUCCCGAUCGAACGCACGAAGCGCAUAACGACUCUUCGCUCGCUCCAUCGACCUCGAAUUACAGGCACAAUCGCAACUCGGCCAUAUUUGCGAUUGACCAAAGCAAUGGCGAUUCGGAGGGUUAUUACAUUCCUGUAGCUCUCGAUCCCAAUCCUGCACCGUCUAUAACGCCAACGGCCCAGUCGAUGUCGGAGGCAUUUGCCGAGUCUAGCAAGAGGAACCGAGACAGGGACUACUAUAGCGCCCAAAAGCUAUCACCGGCUCCUGAGAGGAGAGCUGAUGCCCCAGUAACCACACCCCAUAUUGCGUUCCAGGAGAAAGGUAGACAGCCAACCCAAGAUUUUGAAGCUCCUCGGCACGAUAAGCCACAGAGAAGGCUCUCCAAGAGAGGUGGAAAUCCUAAUGCUCCCUCUGAUGACAAGAAGACCGCUGUUUCGAAGACUCAAUACAGCGACGACUUCAAGUUGCAGGAGGCCCCCAUGGGCAAGAAACCGGCUGACUCAACGCCCACGAAGGCACCGGCUCCCCCGCCACAUGGGCCGGCGGAUAAGAUUCCCCCUCCAAGGCCUUCACAGGAUCGCUGGAAGGAUGAGAGAUCCGAACCCUCUCAAUCCCGCCCAGGUCUACCCGAGAGCAAGUUGAGUGACACUUAUAUGCAGCCCAGGCCAGCACCUCAACCACCUACUCAGGCUGCUAGCAAGGAAGGGGCAGUUUAUGCCAGCGAUUCAUCAGAGCCCAAACUGCCACGUUGGAGUUCUGGCGGUGACUUGAACCUGGAGGAAGAUAUGGCGCGGAUAUUGGGCACGGAUGAAAGUUCCUCCUCAAUUUUGCGCAGAGUGUCGAAUGCUGUCCGUCAUGGACGUGCCAACAGUGAUGCAUCGAACCAUGUUCGCCUUGGCCAUAGCCGGAGUGUCAGUGAGACCACGAGAGGCACGUCAUCCCCUCGUUGGCCCAAGACGCCUAUGGCUGAAGAUCCCAUGAACGCAAGCCAAGUUCCAGACGUUACCAGCCCUAUCUCACUCUCCGGUUCCGCGCAGGACGACCCCGCAUUCCUGAAGCGGCAGUUGAGGAACUCGGAACAGCGGGUUGCUGAGCUUGAACGCCAGUUCAACUCAGAGAAGGAUCUCAAGAAUCUAACUAGGAAGGUUAACGAGAAGAGAAAGACUGUCUCUGACCUGAACGCCCAGACGGAGAUCAUGAUUCGGCAGCUUGAAGUCCUUGCUGGUUAUGUGGAGCGGGCGAAGAAGACUGGCGAACCCCUAGAUCCUCGAGAGCUGGAAGAAUCUGCGAUCAAGGAGUUUGUUCAGAAGCUUGAAGACGUGAAGCAGAAGUUCCAGAUUUCUAUCGAGAAACUGAUCCGCGAGCGGGACGAACUAAUCGAGCAGAGAGACCAAGCGAUUGCUGAGAGGGAUCGCGCCUUGAUGGAAUUCGAGCAGCUGUCCUCGAAGAACGCACAGUUGGCAGACAUGAAUAAUGACCUGACUCAUCAAAUUCAGGAGAGGAUCAAGCAGCAGGCCAACUCCGCGAAUGGCCUGGGCAUUUAUGGCCAUGCCAAGGGUGUCUCUACCGCUUCGGUUAAUGUAGAUUCGGCAGGUCUGCAAACUGGCUCUACAUUUAUCGGUGCGGAUGGGGAGGAGGUCGUUGAAGGGGCCACUGCCGUCAACGUCCGCAAGGGCCAGGCCAAGAAGUUUAACUGGAAGAAAGGUUCUAGCAAAGUUGCCCAAAACAUUUCCAAGGGCAUCAACCGUGCUGCGGGCGCCUUCCAGCAACAAGACCAAAAUCGCUCUCAAACACAUCCACAGCUCAACAAUGACAACAUUGGCUUACCGUAUAACAUGACGGUUGCCCAGGUUGAUUCCCCGGUCACGACAGCUCCUCCGCCCCCCAACCGAUCCAAUGAUUCUGGAAGGCAAGGUUUUGGUUUCUUCAGCAAGAAACAAAACGUUCCGAAGUCGACGUCCACCAACAACGUGACACCAAAUGAGAAGCUUGCCCCUCCCCCUGUCGUUGCCGAGGCGCCCAGCACACUGUUUGGGUCUGAUCUCGUUGAGCGGGCUGAUUGGGAGAAGAGGCAGAUUCCAAGCGUUGUCACUCGCUGUAUCGAGGAGGUGGAGCUUCGUGGCAUGGAUGUUGAGGGCAUCUACCGCAAGACUGGCGGCAAUUCUCUUGUUAAGAUGAUCCAGGAAGGCUUUGACAAAUCGUUGGAUUUUGACAUUUCAGACCCGUCUCUUGAUAUCACGGCCGUGACGAGCGUUUUGAAGCAGUAUUUCCGAAAGCUUCCAAAUCCUCUACUUACGUUCGAUGUCUACGAUCGCGUUCUGGAGUCUAACUCCAUCCAAGACGAGGCUGAGCGCUGCGCUCACCUGCGCGAAACGAUCAACAUGCUUCCACAGAAGCACCGCGAUACCCUUGAGUUCCUCAUGUUCCAUCUUGCCCGUGUGGCCAGCCGUGAAAAUGAAAACUUGAUGUCGCCCAAAAAUCUCGCUGUGGUGUUUGCGCCUACCAUCAUGCGCGAUCACAGUCUCGAGAGGGAGAUGACAGAUAUGCAUGCCAAGAACUUAGCUGUGCAAUUCUUGAUCGAGCAUAGCCACAUCAUCUUUGGAGAGGCAUGA